AUGAGAGCGGUGACUGUCAAGGAUGCCAGGGGAGCGCAGCUCUGUGCCGACGUAGCGCUCAGCUUCCGAGUUGGUCUCGGCGAGGUGUGCGACGCCCUCGAGAGCGCAGUGUGUUCGAUGAAACAGGGGGAGAUCGCUGAGUUCACUGUUAGCGACUCCUCACUCUGCCUUGAGAAACUCCUUGGUACACAAGACCUUGCCGAAGGUGGAGCCAUUCUUCACCUCCAUCUCGAGUCGGUAGACCGGAGAGACGGUGCUGCGCAGCCGCCGGGGGAUGAGGGUAAGCUGGAGGUGUUGACGAGCCGCAAGUCUGCUGCAACCGAGCUCUUGAAGGCUGGUCGAUAUCGUUUGGCGGCGCAUCGUUUUCGACUUAUCUACGAGCAGCUCGGCUACAUCGACGACUUCCGCGGUGUCCGUGGGGGCGAAGGACGGCAAAAACAAGUCGGUGAGCUGAAGAAGGCUUGCCUACUCAAUCGCGCGCUCUGCUUGAACAAGGCGGGCUACUUCAAACGAGCCGUUCAGACUUGCGACCUCGUCCUCGACAUGGAACCUUCCAACGAAAAAGGGCUCUUCCGCCGCGCUGAAGCCCACCUUGGUUUGGAUGAUUGCGCAUCCGCGCUGCGCGACAUCAAGGUGCUUCCAGGUGCCUCAAGCGAGCUAACACAGCUCCGAGAUAAGGUGAGGAGGCGCCAGAAGCAACUGGACUCCGAUGCCCAAGAGCUCUUUGCCAAGAUGUGCGGUGGCCUUGGUCAGCUGCCUCACCCGCUUGACGUCGACUGA